AUGACGGUAGAGAUAGAUUCAAAUGUGUCCUGCAGACAAUGUGAAACUAAUGCGGAGAAUAUUCCAGUUAAGUUGACUCUGCAUCAUCAGUCAGUUGAUAUAACAGAGGCAAGAUCAUCUGUAUUCACAGAGCAGGAGAGUUACUGGCAACUUCCUCUGUAUGACACAGGACUGGUGACAGAUAUCAUUGUCAGUUCGGGAGGCACUCAAGAUCCUCUUGAUGACUGCAUACAUGUUGCCACUGUAGCUCCAGCUGCUGUUUAUUCUUUUGUACCUAGAGGAAGAGACACUCCUCUAAAAUAUAUACUUCUUCAGGAUGUACUUCCACGUUAUCGUUCUGCUUACCAGCCACGGUUACGACUGGCUAACUUAUCGAGCAGAAAGCUGCUUAUCCAUGAAGAGGUUUCAAACACACUCUUAAAUGUAGACAUGAACACUGGUGCAGUAUCUUGCAUGCAACUUAAUUCUAGGUUUGAAAUUGCAGCAGAGUUACUGAUGAAAAGGCUGGGAUCAGGGGGAAGAAGUGAAAUCUUUUUCCGCAUGUGUAAAAGUAAAGUUGAACAAGGGCAACUUGCAUUGUGGGAAGUUGGUGGUAAACGCAUACUUUUCAUAGACAUCCACAAAGAGAUGAGCCGCUUGGUUACUUUGCCAUUUAUUCUUUAUUCUCUACAUCUUUUAGAGGGAAGAUAUCAGUGGUUUGCUAUUGAUGAGGAAGGUAAUAAGUGGUUGCUGAAAGAUAACAUGUACAAUUUUGUGCUUCACCCAGUAACCCAGACACCAGUUGAACAAGAUUGUAGCCAUAUGUUAGUAUCUUGCAUUUCUCCACAUACCUUAAGUGACUUUGUGUUGUCUUCAGCACUUAAAGAAAAGAUUAGUGCUUCCACUCAUCUUUUAGCUCCAUAUAAUGCUUUGGCUGCUGUAGCUGUAGGUUUCCCAGAGCUUGAUGCAAGUGAAAAUGAAGUUUAUGUAUGGGAGCGUGAUAACAUUUCACUGAAGGCCUUUUCUUCAGUUAGUGACCCGGUUAGCUCUACUGUUGUGCUAAGUGAUGCUGGGCAAAUUGUAAGAGUUGUUGAUCAGGCUCCUAGAAAUGCAUUCGAAUAUGAUGUUUCACCUUCAGGAGCUAAUAUAUUUUUAGAAGUAACAGAUUUAGUGAAUCAUAGCUUAAGCUACAUUCCUGUUCCCCAGGCCUCUCAGUCUUCUCCAUACUGGGCCUGGUCUGUGGCAGCUCGCACAUCUCCACUCUUUAUGGCUGCAACAAGUGGUCAGGGUUUGGCUACAGUAGACUCUGCAGGAGUUGUACGUCUCUGGCAAACGGGAAGUGUUGGUUUACAGAAAGCUCUAGCAGAUUGGCGUAAAAUGAUUGGUGAUGACACUGAACGUCUUAGAUUAGAGGUUGACCGCUUCAGUGGUGAGGAUGUCACUGAACCUAAACAUGGACAGGAGGAUCCUGACAAUAAUCCCCAUAUAGGAGGAAAUACUUGGGCAGGUGGGACAGGUGGCCGUGAUACAGCUGGUCUCGGUGGUAAAGGAGGACCAUAUCGGUUAGAUGCUGGUCAUGAUGUUCAUCAGUUAUCUGAAGCCGAAAAGGAUGCCGUCCCUGCUGAAGUGAGGCGUGCUGCCCGUGAAAUGGCACAAAAAGCCUUCAAAGAACGCUUGAGAGAAAUUAGAAUGAGUGAAUAUGAUGCCUCUCUCUAUGAGAAGCUUGCUGGUGGUGUGCAACAACAAGUACAUGCUUUACGCACUAUUAUUAACUCCCUACAGGCUAAAGGAAAGGAACGGCAGUGGCUUCGGCAUCGCACCUCUGGUGAAUUAGAUGACACAAAAUUAAUUGAAGGCUUGGCAGGAGAAAGAAAUAUAUAUCGGCAAAGGCAUGAAGAGGAACCAGAGAUUGGGGCACCACAGAGACAUCCCAAACGACUUCGCUUAGUUGUUGAUGUGUCUGGAUCAAUGUACCGUUUUAAUGGUCAUGACGGUCGUCUGGAACGUGAACUUGAAGCCACACUUAUGGUUAUGGAAGCAUUUGAGGGGUUUGAGAAUAAAUUUAAGUAUGAUAUUUACGGACAUUCUGGUGAAGAAGCUGCUGUUCCAUUAGUAGAAUGUGAUAAUGUGCCCCAUAACAACAAAGAGCGUUUGGAUGUACUGAAAACAAUGCAGGCUCAUUCACAGUUUUGUCUCAGUGGAGAUCAUACUUUGGAAGCUGCAGUUAAAGCUGUGAAGGACAUAGCAACUGAAGAAUGUGAUGAAAGAUUUGUAAUUCUACUGUCUGAUGCAAAUUUUGAUCGGUAUGGAAUCAGACCAAGUCAUUUUGCUAAAGCACUUACUGCUGAGAACACAGUAAAUACUUUUGCAAUAUUUAUUGGAUCAUUAGGUGACCAAGCAGACAGGUUAACAAAGGUUCUUCCUGCUGGACAUUCAUUUGUUUGUCUUGAUUUAAAGAAGCUUCCACAAAUCUUGCAACAAAUAUUUACCUCAGCUAUGCUAAAAUAAUUGUCAAGUAUGAUACAAGCACAUUGUUUUUAAUAUAAUAAUGCAGUAUGAUAAUUUAUAUAAUACAGUGGACCCCCGCAUAACGAUGGCAUCACAUAGCGAUUAUUUCGCAUACCGCUUACUUUAAUUGCAAAAAUUUUGCCUCACAUACCGCUUAAAAACCCGCUUACCGAUUUUCCUCCGAGAUGCGUCCAAUGUGCGGCCUGAGCCACGCUCACAUGUUCCGCCGGUGGCAUUGUUUACCAGCCAGCCUCCGCGGUAACAUCCAAGCAUACAAUCGGAAUAUUUCGUAUUAUUACAGUGUUUUCGGUGCUUUUUCUGGAAAAUAAGUGACCAUGGGCCCCAAGAAAGCUUCUAGUGCCAACCCUACAGCAAUAAGGGUGAGAAUUACAAUAGAGAAGAAGAAAAAGAUCAUUGAUAAGUAUCGCUACUAUUGGUGGUACAGCUGCUGCUGCUGCACUGUCAGCUGCUGCUGCUGCACUGUCAGCUGCUGCUGCUGCUGUAGCAUCGUCUGCUGCUGCUGUAGCAUUGUCUGCUGCUGCUGCUGCAGCAUCGUCUGCUGCUGCUGUAGCAUCGUCUGCUGCAGCUGUAGCAUUGUCUGCUGCUGCUGCUGCUGCUGUAGCAUCGUCUGCUGCUGCUGUAGCAUUGUUGCUGCUGUACCACCGUCUGUUGCUGCUGUACCACCGUCAGCUGCUGCUGCUGCUGUAGCACCGUUGUUGGUGUGGCUUAUUGAGAAUACCAAGAAACAAUUAACCCCAGAGGAUUUGCCACCCAGGAUAACCCAAAAAAGUCAGUGUCAUUGAAGACUGUCUAACUUAUUUCCAUUGGGGUCCUUAAUCUUGUCUCCCAGGAUGCAACCCACACCAGUCGACUAACACCCAGGUGAACAGGGAAAAAAUGCCUGGAACUAGUGCUCAUAUUGGUGAAUUUAAAGCCAGCAAAGGUUGGUUUGAGAGAUUUAAGAAUCGUAGUGGCAUACACAGUGUGAUAAGGCCUGUUCUGGAAGAAAAUGCCAAACAGGACCUACAGAACUCAGGAGGAAAAGGCACUCCCAGGACAGUGUCUCAUCAGUCAUUGCUGCAUCUUCAAUAAAGGUAAGUGUCAUUUUUUUCUUCAUUUAGUAGAGUAGUACAUGCACAAUAUAUACUGUGCAUGUACUACUCUACUAUUGUGCAUGUAUCCUUCUCUUUGUGUGUGGGAAAAUGUAUAUUUCAUGUGGUAAAAUUUUUUUUUUCAUACUUUUGGGUGUCUUGCACGGAUUAAUUUUAUUUCCAUUAUUUCUUAUGGGGAAAAUUCAUUCACAUAACGAUUAUUUCGCAUAACAAUUACCCCUCUUGCACGGAUUAAAAUCGUUAACCGGGGGUCCACUGUAAUGCAGUAUGAUAAUUCACUGCUAACUACUGGUACCAUAAAAAUUCAUAUUAUGUAUUUAAAUUAUGUAAUUAAACUGAAUUAGAUAA